AUAGCUUCCGCACAUGCUGUGCUCUCCGUAUUUAAAUAUACAUAAUAAUAAGAGAGACGAGUCAAUUUUUGGUGUGUACAGCCGCGCGCCGUGUCGCUUAUAUUAUUACUCUCUGACUCUCACUCUUCGCAUACAUACAUAUAUAUGCGAGAGCAGCAGCCAGCCAGCCAACGACCAACUUAUACACUGCUGAGUACAACGACUCGCGGACAGCAGUAGCAGCAGCAGCCGUAGCCGCAGUAGCAGUAACAGCAGCAGCACACACGCUUCCUUUUUUUACCUCGCCAACGUACGACGACUACUCGGCGAUAUAUAUAAUUGGCUGAAAAUAAAGAACUAGUGAUCAACCGUUAAAAAUGGAACAAGUUGAUGGUUCAUUCAAAUUUCAAGACCACAAUAACGGGUCUGAAGAUACACCCAUGCCUUUGGUAGGAGCUCUCGAAAGUGUAGCUAUUUUGGAUGCUGGUGCUCAAUAUGGAAAAGUCAUUGAUAGGAAAGUACGAGAACUUAGUGUCCAUUGUGAAAUACUGCCUCUUGAUACACCAGCGUUAACCCUCAAAGAACAGGGUUAUAAAGCAAUUAUUAUAUCUGGGGGACCUAGCUCUGUAUAUGCAGAAGAUGCACCCAGAUAUGACGCAGAUAUUUUCAGAAUAGGAAUUCCUGUUUUGGGUAUUUGUUAUGGAAUGCAAAUGAUGAACAAAGAAUUUGGAGGGUCUGUCGAAAGAAAAGAGUGUCGUGAAGAUGGUCAGUUCACAAUUGAAGUUGAUACAAAGUGCCUCUUAUUCAAAGGCUUGGAAAAAGAUCAAAUGGUACUAUUAACCCAUGGUGAUAGUAUAGAUAGAGUAGCAGAUUCUUUUAGGGUUACCGCUCAAUCAUCAAAUUUUGUUGCUGCCAUUGCUUGUGAUAAAUUAAAUUUAUAUGGUGUACAAUUUCAUCCAGAGGUUGAUCUAUCAACCAAUGGUAAAAUUAUGCUGCAAAAUUUUCUGUUUGGUGUAGCUGGACUCACUGGAAAUUAUACAUUGCGAGAUCGUGAAUCUCAAUGCAUUCAAUAUAUUCAAGAAACUGUUGGUAACAAUAAAGUUUUAUUACUUGUUAGUGGUGGUGUUGACUCAACAGUUUGUGCAGCUCUACUUCAUAAAGCAUUGAAAAAAGAACAAGUUAUUGCUGUACAUAUCAAUAAUGGUUUUAUGAGAAAAGGUGAAACACCUUUGGUUGAACAAAGUCUGGCAGAAAUUGGCAUUAAACUGAAAGUAAUCGAUGCGACGCUUGAUUUUCUUCAUGGUCAAACGACGAUUCCGGAAGGUUCCUCUAUUCCUUGCGAGACCACUGCAACGAAUAAUCCUGGAGAAAAUCAAAACCCUCCAGCUACUUAUUGUGUAGUAGUUAACAAAGCCAAUAGAGAUGUCAAUAUUUUCCCAAAGCCAAAAUUAACGAAAAUGCUUUGCUCAACAACAAAUCCAGAAGAGAAACGCAAAAUCAUCGGCGACGUCUUCGUUCAAACAGCCAACGAAGCAAUGGAAGAGUUGGGUUUGAAACCCGAAGAAGUCUUUCUCGGACAGGGCACAUUAAGACCCGAUCUUAUUGAAAGUGCCAGCUCUCUAGCCAGUGGCAAAGCCGAUGCCAUUAAGACACAUCACAAUGACACUGCAUUGGUCAGAGAGCUUCGCGAUCAGGGUAGGGUCGUUGAACCGCUCAAAGAUUUCCACAAAGACGAAGUCCGGCAAUUGGGUUGUGAUCUUGGCCUUCCAGAAUCACUUGUACAAAGACAUCCGUUCCCGGGGCCAGGUCUAGCUAUUCGGAUAAUUUGCGCAGAAGAGCCUUACAUGGACAAAGAUUUUUCCGAGACAAGAGUACUGGUAAAAAUAAUAGCAGAAUACGAACAAAUGCUUCAAAAGAAACACGCCCUUUUGAAUCGAGUGGAUGGCGCUACGAGUGAGAUAGAGCGCCAGCGACUCCGUACAAUUUCGAAUCAACGUCAUCUUUCCGCGACGCUUUUACCCAUUCGAAGCGUUGGAGUACAAGGUGAUUGCCGUAGCUACAGUUAUGUAGUUGGUUUAUCGAGUGACGAGAAUAUACUUGAACCUGCAGAAUGGGAUGAUUUAUUGUUCCUUUCGAAAUUAAUACCACGAAUCUGCCACAACGUCAAUCGAGUUUGUUACAUUUUUGGUAGUAAAGUACAGCAUCCAGUCAUGGAUAUUACUCCGACGUAUCUUACCCCCAAUGUUAUUGGGACUAUUAGACAAGCUGAUUACGUUGCAAAUCAGGUUUUGUCGUCGAACGGUUGUAUGGGUCGUAUUAGUCAAAUGCCAGUAGUCUUAAUCCCUAUUCAUUUUGACCGUGACUAUGCCGCGCGUUCACCUCCCUGCCAGCGUUCCGUUGUUCUCAGGCCGUUCUGUUCGCGGGACUUCAUGACAGGUACUCCAGCCAUACCUGGAAACGAAUUACCUAUGCACGUAAUCAAGAAAAUGGCCAGUGAAAUUUCCCUAGUCCCGGGCAUUUCGCGCGUUUUGUACGACCUUACGUCCAAACCACCAGGCACUACUGAAUGGGAGUAGUGAAUUCACGUUGAAGACAGUCACUCGCAAUAUUUAUUUAACAUACAAAAAAUUUUAAAAACUUUGCCAAUCUAUUGAAAAAGUUUAAUAUUGACGAUCAACAUUCGUCGAUUGUUACACUUUUAAUUAUCAUGCAAUAUAAGUUGGUAAUAAACAGUAAAAAAAAAUUAACAGAAAUGUCAACAAGUGUAACUGGCUGUGCAUGUGCGUUGACUAGAUAUGCUUGACUUUUUCUCAGUAUGAGUAAUUAAAAUAACGUUGAAACAAGAUUUCUCAAACAGCAAAAAAAGGUACAUGAAAAUUGUAUGUUUGUAUAUUACGGUUAUUUGUAUGCAGCUAUUUAUAUACAGUGCAUUAUAUAUCUCACAUUUAUUAUUUACAAUAUAACGACUUUUGGUUGAUUAUCAAUCGAACAAAAGAUACGUGACAAAAAACUGUUUUAUUUGAAAAUGAUUAAUUUUUUACUUAAUAAAAAAACUGCCUAUUAACAAAUAAUGGCGAAAAAGUAGCUCUAGAGCAUUUUUUUUUAAAAAUAACACUGGAGCGACGAAAAUAACUCUGAGUGUAUAAAGGAAAAAAAAUGUUUACGAAUCUACGUCAGGUGAAAAAAGCUUCAAUGUGCUUUUAGGUAUGAAUGACUCUACGGGUGAUCGUGCAUUAAAUGAUUUAAUAAAACAUAAAAAUGGUUGUACGUUUGCAUGUUUAUGAUUGUAGAGAGUAUGUGCGUGAGUAGAGAGAAAAAAUGUUAAUUAAGAAUUGCGUAAGAGUUGAGUAUCAGUGCUUCUUGUAAAUAUGUUAUGCAUUCACCUUUGUCAUCGUUUAUUUAAGCAAAUUGUAAAAAAAUUUAUUUAUCAAGUAACAUAUAAUGUAUAGAAUUCCAUAAGUACUUGGUCACAAAUCUUGUUACAUAAUUGAUUCUUCAUAAGAAUUAUUAUAAAAAAAAAA